AUGACGGCAUGGGCAGUGGUGUUAGAUAACUUUGUCAAGAGCUCAGAGGUAUGCUUCGGCUAUCUUGUAUCUGGUCGAGAUGUUCCUGUAGAAAGGAUCGAAGACGCAGUUGGACUCUACAUAAAUCUCGUCCCUUGCAAAUGCACGAUACUGCAAGAUAGUUUGCUACAGCAGCUACUCACAGAUGUUCACGAAGAUUUUGUGAGAAGUUCACCUAACCAGAGCUUCACUCUAACGAGUUCCCCAGGCGGGGAAUUCCAAGGGAGAUCUCUAUUUAAUGCUACAAUCUCUUUCCAAAGGGACGACUCUUCCAAUCAAGAAAUAGCUCCAGACAAAACUACCUCUUUGGAGAGAUUAUGGUCAAGAGAUCCUACAGAGGUCAGUUAUUCUUUGACGAACAUAGGCAAAGAUCAGGAAGCGAACAUUUUACAGUACGAUAUUGUGCUAAGUGUCGCUGACAAAGGUGACGCAAUGCUGGUAUCUCUGUAUUUCUACAAUGGGAGGAUUCCAGAGACUGAAGCUAAAGCUAUCGCCAUGGUCUUUAGCCAUGUUAUUGCUUCCAUAAUUGAUGAGCCAGAGCACACGAUCCAGCAGGUCUUGCCAAGGUAUCAUUCAUGUUAG